AUGCAAAAAGCCGACUUCAUCGCCACCCCGUUCUACAUUUGUCGUGGGAUCAAUGCAACGAACAAAGAUCGCGCGAUCAAUUCGAUCAAGAAAUGCCAGAGAUGCAAGAGCACAAACACCCACGCGGAUACUCUUCUCGCGCCAGCUGGUCACUGUUAUCAAAUCAUCUUCGAGUGUUUCACGUGUGGCCUUCGUUUGGAUAUCUUUGAGAGGGAUUUGUAUUCGGUGGAAGACUACUGCUCGGAAACAGUCGCUGAACCGCUACAAGCAUCCACUUCAUCACACGGCGAUGUGGAUCUUCGGAAUUUACCCGCACAAAUGCCACCGGUGAUUUCGGCAAAUGGAACAAGGAAAGUACUGCUAAAUCUACCAGCCUCGAAAAUCUCUGCUUCAAAUAUCACCGCUUUUAACAACGAUGAUGACACAGAAACGGUGGACGAGCAAGCGGCAAAAAAUGUCGUUCCUGAUGCAAAUGAGUUGGCUAGUCUAUGUCUGAAUACAAGAAUGGAUAUCGAAUUUGGUCACGCCUGGCUAGCUGCGCAAAAAGUGAAACAGCAAUUCGAGUUGGAGCAACGGAUUCGCGCGGAAUUUCAAGCACGAGAGAACCGGAGAAGGGCUUUUGAACAGAAACGAUUGGAAGCACAGAGAGCCAAAUUCGGUCAACUCAAAGCGGAGCGCGAGGAUCGACUGCAUAUUUUUGUGGAUCGAGUUCGCCAGUGGGCGUCUGGAAGAGUGUGUAACUGGCCAAAGAUUUACGAGAUUUGCAAAAACCCUACUCAUCCCUAUGGCAUUAAUAUGGAUAUGUUAUGUGACUUCUACGAGGCGUUUCUUGUUUGGCAAUCGGAAGGCAGCACUCCUUUCCCAGGGAAGGUCGAUCCAGUAGCACGAGAGUUGGCUUCAUACUGGCAAUUUGGUGAGCGUUUGGCGAUCACGGCCGAGUUUCGGGUCUAUUUCGAGGAAAUUUGUAAGGAAGAUCAUCGCAAGCGGCAACUAGCAAUGGCUCCUCCGCCUCAACCGAUAAAAAUAAUACCGCCAGUUCCUCCUCCACCACAGCGAAUAUCUCCAUUUCUUCAAAUCCCUCUUCCAGCCGCUUCCAUGCAGCAAAUCCCUCAAGUACCCCGUUUCUCGCAACGCUGG